AUCCCUUCUACUUUUCCAUUUGUACCCUUCACCCCUUAAAACGCAGAGAAAGCCUUUACAUACCCAUUUUUUAUCUGGGGAUCGCUCCCUAACUCUCGCUCUCUCUUUCUAACCCCAGCUGUACCCUGCUUUGCUUCCAAUUUUGAAAUUACCUUUUUACCAUUUCUUCGAAAGACAGAUUUUACAUUUUAGUUUGUUAAGUUUAAAAUGGGGGAUGCUGAAAAUGCUGUUCCACCUUCAAAGAAGAGGGCUGCAGGAAGAGAACUCUCACGAGAUAACCCUGGUCUUGAUGACGAAGAGUCUCCUGAACAAGAGGGUGAGACUUUCAAGAAAGCUAGUCAUGAGGUGAUGGCAAACAGAAGAAUUGUCAAAGUUCGUCGCCAGCAAACUGCAUCAACCCCCUCUUCCAAUCCUUUUGCUGGAAUCCGGUUGGUCCCACCUACUGAACCCAUUUCAGCUCCUGCUGAAGUUUCUACCGAAGCACAAGCUGCUAGCGAGAAAACAGUUUCUCGGGACAAAGAUGAAAAAGAUGAUGAGAGCAAGGGAACUGAAAAGGAAAACGAGGAGAGCAGGGGAACUAAAAAUGAAAAAGAUGAUGAGAGCAAGGGAACUGAAAAAGAAAAAGAUGAGAAUGUGAAGCAACCAGAAAGUGAAACUGAUGAGUCAGUGGCUGAAUCUGCUGCAGAUAAGGAGAAAAGUGAUAUUAUCAAUGAGGCAUCCAAAACUGAGGGAAAUGAUGAAAAAGCAGCAGAAGAUGAAAAAACAGGGAAUGAAGGUAAGGAAGACAAAGGUGGUGAAAAUGCAGAUUCAAGUGCUGAGGCUCCCCCUUUCAGUUCUUUCCAACAGCUUUCAAGUAGCCAAAAUGCUUUCACAGGACUUGCUGGAACUGGUUUUUCCAGUUCUACAUUCUCAUUUGGGUCAAUUUCAAAAGAUGGGUCUGGAUUAGGUGGUAGUUCUGGCUCUCUCUUUGGACCAAAAGGUGACCAAUCUUCUUUUCCAACUUUUGGUUUUGGUCUCUCUAAUAAUGGAAAUUCUUCCCUUUUUGGCUCUCAAGGAGCACCCAUUAUUUCGAAGAGUGAGGGAAGCGGCUUCCCAUCUUUGCAGGAGGUUCCUGUUGAGACAGGCGAAGAGAAUGAGAAAGCAGUUUUCACAGCUGAUUCUGUUCUGUUUGAAUUUUUUGAUGGCGGCUGGAAGGAGCGUGGAAAGGGAGAACUCAAAGUGAAUGUUUCCAGAGAUGGGGUGGAAAAAGCCAGACUUGUGAUGAGAGCUAAGGGAAAUUACAGGUUGAUUUUGAAUGCUAGUCUUUACCCGGACAUGAAGCUCACAAAUAUGGAGAAGAGAGGAAUCACUUUUGCCUGCAUGAAUAGCAUUGGCGAAGGGAAAGACGGCCUUUCCACAUUUGCUUUGAAGUUCAAGGAUGCUUCUAUAGUGGAAGAGUUCAGUGUAGCGGUCACAGCGCACAAAGGUAAAACGGCUACUGUUAUGAACACACCAGAAAAUUCCCCCAAGGCUUCGGAUGAUUGAAAGGUGCUCCACAUAAAUCAACAGAGGAAAAACCAUUCCUGUCUGAGAAGUUGCCCUGGUAGCUGCCUUUUCUUUUAAUCAGGAGAGAAAAAAAUCUUGUUCAGAGUUUGGCAAUUCCUAAGCUCUUAUUUAACUGAGAGUUAGUAGAGUCCUAUCCAUUUUGUUGUUGUUUGUCUACAGUUUAGUUGCUGACAGAAUAUUCCAAACAUCUUUUUGCUAAAUCCUGGGUUCAGACUGCAGAAUUUCAGCUCUGAAGACAUGGAAUGCUUGACAUAAUAUCAUAUAGUCCCUUUUAUUGGGUUUUAUAUGGAAUUGCAGCUUGGCAUUUCAAAUAUUUGAUAGAUCUUUUUCCCU